AUUCGAACCACGACAGAGUCCGAACGCGCUCCGUUCGAGUUCCAAACCGCCACAGAACUACAGAACGUUCACAGAAGGCUCGCGGACGCGGCACAGAACGUACAAAGCGCACGAAUCGAUCGGGAAUUCGCCGAUUAUCCAACAGGUUGCGGCCGGUUUUCGCGGUUCUUUCGAGUUUCCACACGCCGGCGUCGCGACGCCAUCGCCAUAACCGGAGGGGGCGUGCUGUUCGCUCCGCAAGAGCCGGACUUUCCGGGCUUCCUUAUGGAAGGAGAUCGUUCAGUGGAUUUUUUUUAAAUUGUAUUUGUUUGGUUUUUGGGUCUAGUGUGCAGUGAACGCGGAUUUUUUUUUACUUCUUUUACUCAUUGGAUUUACGUACUUUUCGACCGCACGCGGUAUAUUUAUAAUGGAAACCUUCGUUGUGGAUAAGUCGUUUUACGAUUUCGGCUCCGGCGAUGAUUUAAAGGAGCUGUGGGAUACCGACGAUUUGGAUCCGACGAUGCAAGAAGUGCUGAAAAUGCAAUCGGGCGACAUGACGAUAGAAUGGAGUUACAUACCGAGCAAGGAAAUACCGGGCGUAAUUCUGCACGACAGAUUGAUGACGGACGCAGCUUUGGGAACGAGGCCGAUCAAAAGCGAACAUUCCUAUAGUUUAGCAUCAGAUGGAGACAGCCUGCCCGAUUCACCCACCUCACAUCAUAAAGUCGACGUCGAUUUUUCAGACAUGGAAGACGACUAUUUCCCCUCCAUACCGAUGAGAACCGCCUGCCCGCCGAACAACCUCCACCAGCAACACCACGAAUUGCACAUCAAAGACGAACCGGCCAGCGAAACCGACAGCAAUCACUCCUCCUGCCCGCCGUCGCCGUCCCAAUCCCUCUACGUCACCGCCGCCGAUCUGCCUCUCGACGUCGAAAUGUCGCCGGCGCCGCACCGCCUCGCCGGCCUCGUCAAAACCGCCGCCAGCCAGGCCAUCCUCACCUCCCCGCACGCCGUCAUACCCCAAAGAUUGCAGUUACCCGUGCAGAAGUCCCCGUCGACGGCGACGGCGACGGCGGCGUUCCACAGCCUGCCGCCGACGCCGCCCUCCUGCAGCAGCAGCGAGGAGAGCGAGGACAACGGCGCCAUAUCGCAGCCGAGCUCGCCCGCCGCCAGGAAGACGGCCAGGCUGUUGCUGAGCCAGCACCAGCCCUCCACCAGGCAGCCCAUCAACACCCCGCUCAUCAGCACCCAACCGAAGGGGUCCACCGGUACGCUGGUGCUCACCGAAGAGGAGAAGAGGACGUUGAUAGCGGAAGGGUAUCCUGUACCGACGCGUUUACCGCUCACCAAGGCGGAGGAGAAGUCGCUGAAGAAGAUCAGGAGGAAAAUCAAAAAUAAGAUAUCGGCGCAGGAGAGCAGGCGAAAAAAGAAAGAGUACAUGGACCAAUUGGAGAGAAAAGUGGAGCACCUCGUCACCGAAAACAGCGUGUACAGGCAGAGAAUCGAGAGGCUGGAGGAUUCGAACGCGAGCCUGCUGGGGCAAUUGCAGAAACUGCAGGCGAUCGUCGCCAGGCAUCCGCAGAUCGUCAAGCAAUUGAAGCAGAUCAAUUAGCGAGACGAUCGAGGAGCGUUCGAGGCGCGAUUAUAUAGUAUUUUUUAUUUUUUAAUUAUAUAUUUUUGUUAAGUGAAUCAGCUAAAAUACUUUGGAAAAACGCAAAUCUUAGAGUACAAAACGAAUACGAAAUGAGGGAACCGCUUAAUUUUGAUAUGCGGCAGAAUUGUCAAUUCUCGUUGCCAAAACGUGGAACAAUCGAUAUACGAUUAUAUACAGGGUGUCCCCUUAUUUCUUUAAAUUUGGAAAACUAUGGUAAAUUAUUCGAGAUAUCCUCAACUGAUGUAAGAAAUUAGUCUACAUAAAAACUUGCUUAUCAAAGUUACGUGGACCACCUUGUGUAAUUUGUAUAUACCUACUUGUAAAAUGGCUAGUUUUCCAUUAAUGCUUCGGGGCGAAUUAAAGGGAACCACCCUGUAUAGUAAUAUGUUUACCGUUAGAAUCGAAGAAGGCCUAGUCUUCCGUCGUCGAUCAUUUUUAAUUUAUUACGUUUCAUUACAUUCCGAUCCGCAUAGUAAUUAUUAAAAUACCAAAGUUUGAAUGUAGAAAGCUCAAAAAUAUUUUUAUACGAAAAACGUACCUAGAAAAGUGUGAAAAAAAAUAUAAAAUAAAAUGGAAUAAAUUUAUGUAUAUUCUAAACGACCGUUCAAACGUGUACUUAAUUUUAUUGUAUCGCGUAAAAUGCUUAGGUAUUCGUGCCUUAAGAUUACGUAGUCGUAGUUUUAGCGGUGUUUUCGGGGGCUCCGGCGAGUCCCGUUGAGUUUUUAUCGAGUCAUUAAGUUCGAUUUUAGAGUAGGUAUUCUCCGGGGGAAGGCCCGGAGGAAAAACGGCGAAUUUUUAUUGUGCAACUAUAUUUAACUGACGAUGAAACGAAGCAAUUUGAGUCUCGAAUUCGGCAUACUAUAAAGCUAACGAUCGUAUUUGAAGAGAAAAAUCCUGAGAGCUACAGAAAAAAAAUUCCAACGUGGCAACGCCGCAGUUUUGAUGACGUCACGGUCGAUUUAUCGUGAAUGUAGUAUAUGCGCAGUGGCACUUUACACCACAUUUUCAGUAAAGUUUAAAUGAGCCGAAUUGAGAGAUUCAAAUUUAGCAAAUUAACUGCCUAUGAACAUACAAGGUGAACCACAAAAUUUUAAAAUAUCAAAAAACCCGUAUGUUGUUGAUUUUAUUGAAAAUAUAAAACGAACAAAUUUAAUUAGUAAAUUAUUUAUGAAUUUAUUUAUUAUUAAUCGAUUGUAUGAGAGGGGUGGUUAAUUUGCAAAGUGUAGAGGCGACUUUUUUAAUAGAUUUUUUUCCUAAUUCAAUAACAGACUGAAAUUUUUGGCGUUGGAAAAAAUAUCCUAAGCAGGUUUAUUCGUUAGAAUAAUAAUCUGAAUAAGUGCAAUUAAUCGUUAUCAAUUUAAAAAAAUUAGCUUAAUGAACGUUUAUGAACAGGGUAAUAUUAAAUUAAUGUAUUAUAUAUAAUGAGUGUUUUGCGGAAAUGAUGCAAAACGAGAUUUUCAGAUAUUAAAUUUUAUAAUUUUUUUGUUUGUGUUAAUUCGCUUAUUUAACGUGUACCCAUAACAGAGGGAUUUUUGUACGUUUUGCUCAUGUACUAUAUUUUAGAUAAAAAGAUAAAGGAAGGUGGAGAAUGUAUAAAAGAAACAUCUACAUCAAGCAAUCCUUAAAACCAUUAAAAAUUUUUGAAAAUACUGAAAAAAAAAUUAAUUUACUAAAAUCCUUGAAUGUUUGAGUCAAAUCACUAAAUUAAUAUAACAAAAAAAUAAUUUUCAAUUAUUCUCCUCUUUCCACUGUUUUUUUUUUCUAUUUUCUCCAAUCUAUUUUCGUUGUAAAUAUCCUAUUAACGUUAAUUUUUCUUAAAACUUUAUAUAAUAAAUGUGCGUUUUGCAAAAGAACGAAAAUCGAUUAUAUAAAUAUAUUAUUGCAUUUAUAUUGUAUAUAAAUAUAACUGUUGCAU